AAUGACGAUAAAAUAGCACAUCUGAGAGUGCUCUUAUUACCGAACAUAGCUUGACAUUUAUUUUCUUUAUUUCAUGAUUAUAUUAUAUAUUACCGUUGUUUCCCAGCUCAACAUUUUGGCGGAAUCCUCUAGAGCAAGAAGAGUCUCUUGCGGGGUUUUUUUCACACCCAUUUAAUUUUCUUUUCCAAGUUCAAAUUUUCUCACUUUCCAGUUUAAUCAGAUGGGGUUUGGGUCGGCGAAAGCCUAUUUAGUUCUCUGAGAAAUAUUAUUGUGCUGUUUGGUUUGAAGAACCAGAGCUUCAAUCCAUUCAGGCGCUCAAUUUAAUAUUCUUCUGCUGUUGAUGAUUUUGUGCUGAUUGUCACGGUGUAUGCAAUUCAACAUGAACAACCAAUACAGUGAAGAACAUGAGGAGCCUGCUGUUGUUGGAUUUGAAGUUCCAAAAUCACCUGAUUCAAGCUACAACAAUGUGUACCCGGGGAGUGAAGAUGAGGCCCAAGAUCCACCUGUUGUUCCACCUCAUCUGUAUUAUACCAUUCUUCGUUGUCCAACAAACAGAGAUGAUAUCGGAUCUCUUCCAACACCACCAAAUGUGAUCCUAAACCAUCUUUACAUUGAGGAAAGGGAGACCCCACGAUCUGUGGUGGCUUUAGGGUUCACCCAACGUUUUCGUUCAAAAUUUGUUACGGUUGUUCUUUACAAGCCAGUUCAAAGAAGGGGAAAUACUGGCACUUAGAAGCGUGCUUAUAGGACAACACCCACCUUCAUUAGGGUUUGGUUUGGUAGAUAGACCUGGCUAUAAUGAAAAUUGGUGGUGAUAAACAUGAAUACAAAAUUAGCGGUGAAAGGAUAUUUAUUGCAGUCACAGAAGCAUAUGAAGUAUGAACUUCAGGUCAGUUUUAUUGUUCACCCAGCGUCUUCAGGGUAGUUUUUUCUAUACUGGGUGUCUAUAUAUAUAUAUAUAUUCUUUUUAACUGGUAAAUCAUGUUCUACCACGGUUUGCCAGUCAGUUUAUGAUCAAAAUUGAAAGUUUUAAUAUUUUCUAAAUGCUUUGAAUUAUCAAGAAUUUCUGGUUACUGAA